AUGCUGACGCACGUCUCCGCGCCGGACGCGGAGGGUCGGGUGACGUACACCUUCAACAGCCAGUCAAAGGUGGAGGUUCCUCAACGGUACGAGGUCAAGGGCAUAGUGGGGCGCGGGGCGUACGGUAUUGUUUGUAGUGCGGUAGAUCGUAGAACUGGGGACGCCGUCGCCAUUAAAAAGAUGAGUAACAUCUUUGGAGAUGUUGUUGACGGUAAACGUAUCUUGCGUGAGGUGAAACUGUUGGGUUUUUUGAGGCAUCCCAACGUGCUGUCCCUCAAGAAUCUCUACCGCCCCUCCGGUCCGGACUUCUCAGACCUGUACAUGGUGUCUGAGCUCAUGUCCUCGGAUUUGCAUACCAUUCUCAGAUCGAACUCAGUGAGGCUUGCGGAGGUGCACUGCCAGUAUUUUACAUACCAGGUUCUGUGUGCGCUGCACUACAUUCACAGCGCCAACGUUAUCCAUCGAGACCUGAAGCCCGCCAACAUACUGACCAACUGCGAGUGCGAUGUGAAACUAUGCGACUUUGGCCUUGCACGGGGAAGGGGUCUCAGGAUGACGCACUACGUCGUGACACGUUGGUACAGACCACCCGAACUGAUGCUUAUGAGUGAUGAUUACGAUGGAGCCAUUGACUUGUGGGGGGUGGCAUGCCUCGCGGUGGAGAUGUUCACGCGGCAUCCGCUGUUCCCUGGCCGCGACUACAUCCACCAGCUAAACCUCAUUACGGACUUGUUAGGCCUCCCGGACAUCGCGCGGGACAUGACAUACGUACGCUCGGAGGAGGCGCUCAACUACUUGCGUUCGCUUCCUCCCAGGUCGAGGCAGCCUCUGGAGUCCGUGUGCCCUCAGCUGAAGGAUAGCUACAUGGCCUCCAUCAGCUAUAACGUGGAGGAGGGUGACGGCGGGGAUAGCGCAGCGCGAGAGGUGGAGAAAGAGGGGGUAGAGGAAACUGUCAGAAAGGAAGAAAUGGGUUCUGUUAAUGCGAACACAAGGAUAACGUCACCAAAUCCGGCUAGUAGUGGGGAGGAGCGGUACGCGUUGUUCAAGGACUUCCUCUUCAAGUUGCUCACGUAUAACCCGAAAGAGCGCAUGACGGCAAAGGAGGCGUUGAGGCAUCCGUGGCUGCGGGAGGUUCGGGAUAACUGUGGUGGAGAGGAGUUUGAGACGGAGGCGGGGAUGCAGUUUGUUUGGGACCUCGACAGUGUCGAAGUGGCCGCCGCCCAGCUACGGCAGCUGCUGAUGGAUGAGAUUGCAAAGUACAAGGAUUAA